AAGUGUGUUUCUGGUUGCCAUGGCAGCGGCGGCGGCGCUGCUAGCGACGGUGCUGCUACACUGCGGCCUGGCCAGCAAGCAGCUGCACGUGAAGUACCAGUGGACCACGCCAGAGUUCCUGUUCACCAACGAGUCCAUGAAACAGUCGAUGAUCAACUCUGGACGUUACAUUCCGGGCAAUGCCUUCAUGGUAGAUGUGGACGUUUGGACUAGAGGGUCCAGAGAGAAGGUGAUCGUGACCACGCCUCGUCUGAGACCUGGAACUCCAGCCACACUCUCGCUGCUGUCCAGGGCCAAUGCCUCCGCCAGUCCUCUGCUGGAGCCAUACCCCAACUGGGCGUGGAACAGCCAGGGCGACUGCAACGCCCUCACGUCCGUCUUCAGGACCCAGGUGGACUCGAGGGGGCGACUGUGGCUGGCGGACAGCGGCGCGGUGGACGUGCUAGCGAGCCAGAGGCAGGUCUGCCGGCCGCAGGUGCUGGUGUUCGACCUGCGCACCAGCAGGCUGCUGCACCGCUACCAGGUCCCCCGGGAGGACCUCAGGAGCGACUCGCUGCUGGUCAACCUCGCCGUGGAGGAGCGGGGCCGCGGUGCCGUCGCCUACCUCGCCGACGUGACGCAGCACGGCCUGGUCGUGUACGACGUCUCCCAGAGUCGCUCCUGGCGCGUCAGCAGCAGCUUCUUCCAGCCGUCGCCGCCCGCCACGCACUUCACCGUCGCCGGCGAGUCGUUCACGCUCCAGGACGGCUUGUUCGGCCUGGCCCUGGGCCCCGUCUUGCGCGGCGACCGCACCCUCUACUUCCACAGCCUGGCCAGCUACCGCGAGGUCUGGGUGCGCACCUCGCUGCUCAGGAACCAGUCGCUGUUCGCCGCCAACACCAGCGCUGCGGCGGGGCUGUUCACGCAGUCUCCGGGCGAGCGCUCCUCGCAGACUGCCGCCACGGCCAUGAGCAGGCGGGGAGUGCUGUUCUUCAGCCCGCUGGCCAACACCUCCCUGAACUGCUGGAACUCCCGUCUGCCGUACACCAGCUCCAACCUGGUGCAGCUCGUGAGGGAUGACGAGGCGCUGCAGUUCGUGAGCGGCAUGAAGAUAGUGCGGGACAGGUCUGGGCGGGAGGUGCUGUGGGCGCUAUCCUGCCGCUUCCAGAGGCUCAUGACCGGCUCCUUCGACCCCGCGGAGGUCAACUUCCGCGUGCUGACGGCGCCCGUGGCCGACCUGGUGCGGGGCUCCAAGUGCAGGGUGCUGCUGGACUAGCAGCACGGCCACUGCUGUGGACCAGUGUUUACAGAUCAAGUACCAGUGUGAUCCACUGCAUUAGUUCUUUAGACUAACUGACACAAGAAACAGACUUGUAAUUCUAUUAGAGCUAUGAAUGUUGCUUUAUUUUUAAAUUGGGUUUUUUAUAUGUAUUAAGACUAAUGUUUCAUGUUUUAUAUUAACGUAUGUUACAAUGAUUUAUGUUAUCUUAACUAGAGACAAUAAGUGUGACCAUUAUUUGAAUUAAAUAGCAUUUUAUUAAUAUUCCAGUUAGUCAUUUUACUGUCAACUUUAGUGUAAUUAAAUUUUCUUUUCUUAAGAAAAUUCUGAAAGUAUUUGUUGUUAUAACUGUAGGGCAAAACACCAAUUUAAAACGUGUGUAUAUGUUUUUAAAAAUAAUGUUCAAAGUAAAUACAGAUAUAUACAUUUUAAAAGAGUUUCUUUGCGUUAAGUGUACAGUUGUCUAAAAAAAUUUUUGACGAAAAAAAGACAUUAACUUAUCUAAUAAAAGAGUUUUGAUUUGCA